AAAAUAAAGAUGGUAUCGUCAGUUUAAUGGGCCUAGCUCGAAAUCGCAAAGCGAAGGAAACACUAACACUACAUAUUUUGAAAUUUUUUGACAAGGAAAGAUGCCUUUUAUACUUCGAAGUGUUAUCAGAGGUCACGAAUCCGACAUACGAGCAGUCUAUCCGGCGCUUCAUCCUGAAGGUGGUGUACUGACAGCUUCAAGGGACCAAACCUGCAGGCUUUGGGUACCGGGUGAUGAAUUUGGAAAUUUUACUGAGGGACAUAUAUUUUCUGGCCACACUCGGUAUAUUUCUGCAGUAACAACACUCCCACCUUCAGAAAAGCACCCUCACGGACUUGUGGCAACUGGAGGACAUGAUUGCAAAAUCUUAAUCUUCUCAUUUGACUCACUUGAACCUAUCUACACACUGGAAGGCCAUGCUGGUGCAAUAAGUUCUAUUGUCAGUGGAAAAUUUGGAACACUCUUAUCUGGAUCUUGGGACAAAACGGCAAAGGUGUGGGUUAAUGGACAAUGUGUUAUGACUCUUAAGGAGCACACAGCAGCUAUAUGGGCUGUUGAAAUGAUGCCAGAUCAGGGAUACAUGAUCACAGGAUCUGCUGACAAAAAUAUUAAACUAUGGAAAGGUGGCAAUGUUGAAAGGACCUUAACUGGUCAUACAGACUGUGUUAGAGGAUUGGUUACAAUAUCUAGCUUUGAAUUCCUGUCAUGCUCAAAUGAUUGUGAUAUAAGAAGAUGGAGUACAACUGGUGACUGUUUGCAAGUUUACACUGGUCACAGCAACUAUGUAUACAGUAUUGCAUCACUUCCUUCUGGCAAUGAAGAUUUUGCAACAUGCGGAGAAGAUCGGUCAUUAAGAAUAUGGAAGGAUGGUAGCUGUGUACAAACAAUAACAAUGCCAUGUACUUCUGUCUGGUCUGUAUGCUGCUUGGCAAAUGGAGAUAUUGUUGUCGGCUCUAGUGAUGGUGUUGCUCGGAUUUUCACAUCAGAUGAAUCAAGAAUCGCUCCCCCAGAUGUACUUAAAGCAUUUGAAGAAGAAGUUGCAAACCAAGCCAUACCUGCAGCGUCAAAUCUUGAUCUGGGAGAAAUCGACAAAGAUGAGCUUCCUGGACCAGAGUCCCUUUUGACACCAGGUGUAAAGGAUGGCCAAACGAAAUUGAUAAAGCAAGGAUCAAAAGUUGCUGCUCAUCAGUGGGAUGCCGCACAGCAACAAUGGAAAAAGAUUGGCGAUGUUGUUGGGGCAGCCGGGCAAGAUGGCACUGCACGAACUUCGAAUAAGAAAGUCUAUAAUGGAAAGGAAUAUGAUUACGUUUUCGAUGUAGACAUAGCAGAAGGAAAGCCACCUCUCAAACUGCCUUUUAACAUUACAGACGAUCCCUGGAUGGCAGCUCAUAAAUUCUUGGGAGAAAACGAUUUAAGCCCCUCGUUUUUGGAAGAAGUGGUUCAAUUUAUUCUAAAGAAUACUAAAAAUGUAAGAAUAGGACAAACAGAGCCACAGUUUUCAGAUCCUUUCACAGGAGGCUCAAGAUAUAUCCCUGGCUCAAGGGUUCAGUCAUCAGAUCCCCAGAUAAAUGCAUUUCAAGAUCCAUUCACAGGCGGCAAUAGGUAUGUCCCAGGUGGCCAAGCAAGCAAUCCUCCAAGGAAUCCGGCAAAUAUGCAAGACCCUUUCACAGGUGCGUCGCGGUAUACCCCUACAAAUGGCAAAAAGGAAGCGACAGCAGACAAAAUUUGGUAUUUCCCAAAGGCUGAAUAUUUGUCAUUUGAUCAAGCUAAACCUCUGCCAAUAGUUACAAAGCUGAGGGAAUUCAAUUCUCAAGUAGAUGAGAGCGUCAUGUUAACUGAAGAUGAACUUGCUGCUUUAGCAGACAGUUUAGAGAUUGUUUGCAACCACAAAGACAUAAAUGAAGAACAAUGCCAAUUAUUGCUUGAAGUUAUUGACAAAUUGCUAAAAUGGCCUGUAAAGUUAAUGUUUCCAGGAUUGGAUUCAGUCAGGCUUCUUAUCAUGCUGAAGUUCAUUAAUGAAAAAUUGCUCAGUCAUGAGGUUGCUUCAAAUUUUAUCGACACAGUUCGCCAGGCUGCCAGUCCGGAUCAUCCUCCUGCUAAUGCUAUGCUGGUACAAAGAAUCUUCUGCAACUGCUUUACAUCAUCUGCAUCUGUCUCAGAAAUGCUUGAAAACAGAACAAAGGUUAUCAACCAUGCACUCUCUACCUUUUCGUCUUCCAACAAAAAUUUGCGGAUUGCAGCCUCCUCCACGAUUUUAAAUUACUGUGUUGCAUUGAGAUCAUCUCCGUCAUUUGAGGAUAAAGUUCCACUCCUGCAUGGGAUUUCAGAGGUUUUACAACUUGAAUUAGAUGGAGAAUCACAAUUCCGUUUACUUGUCGCAAUGGGUACUCUGAUAUUUGAAGAUACAGAAUCAUUGUCAUUUGCUUCCUCUAUUGGGUUAAAGUCAAUUUUAGAAAAGUUGCAAUCUGUUAAAGACCCUUCAAAGGUUGGUGAUUGUGCUUCACAACUUCUGAACAUUAUCUAGUCUUUAUUGAUAAAGUUGCAAAAAUAAAACCCUAUUGACAUAUUCCAGUAUUUUGAAAAUUUUCCUUCAACAUUUAUUAAGAAACCAAAAUGAUGUUCACCACUUAGUUUAAAUACCCUAUUGAAUUAUAAUUGCUUGUUGUAAAAUGGCAGUCAAUGCAAAAUUGCAUGUAGGGGGUGAUUAGAAGUUGGUUCAAAUGGGUUUUUGCCUCCUGAUGCAAUAAAAAAUUAAUGCAAAAAAGAUUCACUGCUAAAAUGUCCAUGUGAUGAUGCUCAACUGCUAUCAUAAAGUAUUUCAACAGAUACUUUUAAAAUCAAAAAGAAGAAUAAAUGUAAAAGUUGGAUAUAGAUACAUGAUCUAUAAGUAAGUGACCAAUAACAAUGAAACUCUUUUUGUUCCUAGAUAUUUCAUACAUAUAUUUUCCUGAAAGUAGUGCUUUUUCUAUGCUAGUUGAAUUUAAUUACAAGUUAUGUGAUAUAUAUCGUAGAUUCUCUAUAAUCAAAAAUAUACAUCACACAACAAAACAUCUAGAUGACAAUAUUUUCUCAAAGAAUCAAUAUGCUAAAGGAGGCAAGCUUAUUCAGUUUUAGUUUAUGCUAGAAUUUUGUAAUUUCAAUGGAGUACCCCCACCCCUAACCUCAACUUCCCUAUAUUGGUAGUUGAUUGUCAUGCCAUAACUAUUAGUUUUCGGCAAAACCACAACAUUUUAAAGAAUCUUAUUAUCAUGGCUGCUUUCAAGGUAAAACCUUUUGCAAACAUUCUCAUUUGUUUAAACAGUUUUCACAACCGUUAAGUGACAUUUAGUUUUAAUUAACAUUCUUUUCUUAGUUUCAUGUCAUCUCUUGACAAAUGCAUACAAUAUUUAUGUUACACUUGAAUGACUGCACAAUUUACAAGAGCUUUAGUUGCAUACCUUUAGUUAGUCAAUAGCUUAAAACUUGCAGACUGCGCAAUUUACAAAAAUUCCAUCCAGAAAAAUGCAAUCAAGCAAAAAAUCAACACAACCUGCUCUUCCCUCUACCUAAAAACUGUUUGUAUCACAUUUUCUCAAAAAUUUCCUGAGGCCACUUAAAACAAAGGUGCUUGGCAAAGACCAAAAAAUUUUAUGAUUUGUUCAAGUGUGCAAUCUUUUGAUGUUCAAAAUCCUUUUUACAAUUUCCUAAUAAUCUUAUCUAGAAUAUGUGUCUGAAAGUUCAAGAACGUUUUUGAAAGUAUGUAAACCAAAAAUUUUGAUGACUAUUAAUGUGCUCUUUGUUUUGAUUACUCCAUUGAAAUAUUUGUUUCUAAAUGAACAGAUGUUUGUUCCUAAAUCACUUGGAUCUUACCAGUUUAGGGCAUCAUAUCCAUUGGUUUUGACAAUUUUCUUUUCAAGAGUACUCCUUAUUCACAUUUUCAACAGCGGUUCUUAUUUACUCCCAAAUAAUAAUUUUCAAACAAAACUCAUCAACUUCCAAAUAUGAUGAUAUUGUCUCUCCACUGUUUUUAAUUUAGAGGACAUAUUAAGAUUAUAAAUGUAUUGGGUCAUAAUAACAUAAGCCUUCCCUUAUGUGGUGGCAUUUGCUUUCAAUGUGAUGGCUAUAGUUUCGUGUGAUCUUGGUAAAGCGUCAUUUUAGUGUACUGAAGAAUGAAAAGCAUCGUUCAGUAUUUUUGGGUUUACUCUCUUCUUGCACAAUGUCUUAAUGUCAUAAAUAAGGGUCUCUUUUCUGGUCCAGAAGUAGGAUGAUAAAUCAAAAUUUGUUCUCUAUGUAUGGUAGUUGCAUCUUGUUCUUGAUUUUUGAAUGGUUUUAGUUGUGUUGCCAUAAUACUUCCAUGAUCAGAUGAAAAAAAUAGAUGAUUUUUACAAACAUAAAUUAAUCUGCUCAACACAAAAACUUCAUCUAGAUCCAUUGUCAUUAAAAUAUGAAAGAAGUAAAUUAAAAAUGAUACUUUUAGCCAUAAAACAAUCAUUCUUACACUGCUUUUUAUGAGGGAAAACAGCUCUGAUAUCAUGUCUGUGUAGGUAUUGAUUUUAACUUCUCCAUGCUAGUUUUAAUAAAGUCACAGAUACAUACAAUUAAUCUACUGUCAAAUUUUAAUUUCUAAUGUCGUCCAGUUUUGUGAUAACUGUAGAACCCCUCUUCACUCUUCCAUCCUAACUUUCCAGCAGCCACAAGUUUGUUUAGGGUAUCAGGAGCUUUGAAUACAUCGCCUGAUGGAUGUUGUAUGUGAAGCUCAUCUGCUAUUGAUUUAACAAGAUCUAGGCCUAGCUCAUCUGCAACUUCAAAAGGUCCAUGGCCAUAGCCAGCACCUAGUCUCAUUGCAUGAUCAAUAUCUUUAAGGGUUGCAUGACCCCUCUCUAGCAACCUAAUUGCUUCCAGAAUGUAUGGAACUAGCAGUCGAUUGACAACAAAUGCUGUAGUGUCUUUGCAUGCAAUUGGAGUUUUACCAAGAUCCUUUCCAAACUGAAACAGCUUCUUGUAGGUACUGUUAGAGGUGAAAGGUGACUUGAUGACCUCAACAAGCUGCAUCAUGAGCACAGGGUUAAAAUGAAGGCCACCAAAUUUGUCUUGCCUUUUGGUAGCUGAUGCGAUUUGGGCUAUAGGCAAGGAUGUUGUGUUUGAGGCAAAUAUGGUUUUCUUCGGUGCGGCUUCGUCUAAAUCUGCAAAAAGCUCCUGUUUAGCUGUGAGAUCUUCUGAUAUAGCUUCAAUGACAAUAUCUGCAUUUUGCACCGCCAUCAUGGCAUCUGUAGAUGUGAGGAUGUUUCUUAUUGUAUCUUCGGUAAACUUCUUUGCCAUUCUGGGCUCGUCUGGAAACUUCUUUGACACUACCCUUUCUAGGCCUCUCCUUACCAACGUCAUACAGCUAGUGAGCUGGGCAGCAUUUUUGUCGACCAGUACUACAUUGAAGUCAUUUCUAGCAGCAUCAAGUGCAAUACCCGAUCCCAUAGACCCGGCGCCCACGACGACGACAUUUUUUAUCUCCUCGUGUCUUUCCACUGAAGUUGUAGUCCCAACGUGUGCAGAAGUAAACUCUAGUUUAUAGCUGCUUGAUAUUCCUCGUACACAUAGCCGUGAUUGCGAUAUUGUGAAAGGUAAGCGCAUGUAUCUGUAAAAUCCGUUCAAUGCCAUUCUUGGUUUCAAAUUGGAGAUACACGCAACAAAUGUCACCGUACGAGAAAACAGUGAAUGUCUACACGUUCGGGAAUGAAGGUGAUAGCAUAGUUCAUAGGUUAGUCCGGGGUCUGGGAACUAGCUACGUUCCCUGAUGACCUUGCAGGCCCCUACAAUUGCAAUACAAAACCAUCGGUAAUUGACAGUAAUAGUAAUACAAUCCAUCAAAGAAAAAAAUAUCUAUUUAAAAUUAGAAACCAAGUUUGCAAAAACAUCAACAACUGCACCAAUAUGCCCAAUCAGUACUCAACUAGAACCAGUUUGAAUUGGACGGUCCUUGCCAACUUUGAUGUACCCAAUAACAGGUGUAGCACUGGAGGACCGUGAUUUUAAAUAUGUAUAAAAUCCCAGGCAUAGCGGAGCAGGGUGGCUCCCCCACUUUUUGCAAAAAAUGCCAAAUAUUAAGUAAUAAACUGCCAGUAAAGCCUUUUUUCAUAAGGUUUUAGCCCACCCUAUUUUAGACGGCCCCCAUUUUUCUCAACGCUCGGCGGUGCCUGAAUCCACAAACUAACGUUGAACAAUUUGGCGAAAAAAUGGUGGCCUUCUACUUGACCUUUGACCCUUUCAAAAUAGCUACUAGAAAUUAACAUACUGUUAGUAAAAGGGCGUGUCGGAUGUUUUCCGUUGCUUCGAGAAGGAUUUGAGUCAAAAUUUGUCUAAUUUUAAAGAAACUGCACAUUUUGACAAAAGUAGUUUAUUUUUAGACGGGACUCUUUAGAAAUCUUGGCUGACCACGCCAUAAUUAAGUAGCAAGAAGAACAAUCCAUUUGUGGUUUUUGAUAUCAAGAUCAUAUCUCAUCUAAGACAAUUGAUGAUACAAGAGGUAGACCGAUAACACUUUUGACAAGUCGUACGUUCAUUUUAUGCAUUUUAUCUUGUUUUCGUCAGUGAGAAAUACGUUUGAAAAUAACUUUUAUUCAGAAGAAUCCAAUAGAAAUUUUGGCUGAUCUUUACAGAAUUGAAAUUAAAUAUACAAUUCACAAGCAGUUUUGAUUUUGGUCAUAUAUUGUUUGUUUGACUAUUUAGUACUGGCUAAUAUUUUAUCAGCUAUGCUGUGUUGAAAUUUUGCAAAAAAGGGCACAGAGAGGUUAUAGAGGUCCCUGGGUAAAAAAGGAAAAUGCAGAUCACCUGCGAGCGAAUACCCUGGGUGCCAGAGCCUCAGAGAGUCAAAGGAUGAAGAACGGGGGAAGGAAUUGCGACCCCGUUCUUCAUCCUUUGACUCUCUGAGGCUCUGGCACCCAGGGUAGCGAGCGAAGCGAGCAAAAAAUUUAGCAAUUGCGCCCCUUAGAUUAGCUUAAAAUUACUUUUCAGAAGGACUUCAUGGAGUAAUUUCGACACGUUAAAAUGUUGUCAAUUAUCCGACGAAAGCCCGAAUUUUCCGACGACGUCGCUGAUUGGGGAGGGGGCUGAGCCCCCCAAAGUCCAUAAUUUCCGCCACUGCCUAGUGGAAAGUCUAAUACUAUUACCAGCUUUAUUCAAAUCUCUGCCACAAGCAGCAAACAUUCAACGCACUUUUAGCGAUGCAGUGUCUGAACAAUGAAGCUGUUGGUUGCUUAUGCGUGUUUUAUUUUCAUAAUUAUUAAUUUUAUUAGGCUUCUCUUGUACUUCAUUUUCCAUGUGUUGUGGUAUUCGAAAUUACCUUGCUGGGCAGCACUGAGAUUUUCAUAAAAGACAUUUCGGUUUUGAAAGAAAUAGUUCUUAAGCGGAGGCAUAGGGCCGCAAUCGCCCUUUUAGCCCUAGUGACUUUCCGUGGUUUAAAAUUGUCCAUUCCUUUACAUUAAACAAAGACUUUAUCCCGCAGUUAUGGCUCGCUUGGUCCCAUAGAACAGGGGUGAGAUGUCGCAAAGUUUGCUAACAUUCCAGGCAAGGGCGCCUACCCAAAGGGGACAGCAUUGGCAGUUGCCCCAUUGCCCUCGCAAAAUUGAGUGAUUUUCUUCGUUUUACCACUGUUUCGCCCCUUUUCUAAGCGCUUUGCCCCCUUUGCCCGCUUUGAGUGCAGACUUCUGUAAUUCCGGGGCUAUAAUUGAUUUCUAAUCGGAAUCGAACAAAAUGAAGUAAUUUUAACGGAGUUUUCCGCAAGGAUAUUAUUAGCCAUAUUAAAGACUUUUGUUACAGUUUUUGAAACACGCAAAUGAAGUGUUCAUCAUAUCUAGCCCAUACAUUAAGUUUGUGAUUCGAAGUUUGUGAUAUCUAGCCCAUACAUGAAGUUUGUGAUUCGCUGAACAGGUAGAAAUUCUCAUAAAUGAUAAAUACCAAAGCGGCAAGUUCAGACCAGGAAAAUCAACCACAAAGCAGAGAAAGAUGAGUGAAUGAACUCUUAAUCGGAGCAGACUACAAAACCUCACUGCGAUUUGUGGCAAUGAAGAUUAAUAAUUAAAUAGCGUUUCGUUAGGAAAAAGGCAGCAAAAAGUCAUGAUGUUUACUGGUCAUCAUUCUUUGAAGUCGACUUUCAAACUCACUGGGAGCUGUUUUUUCAUGUUAAUGUUCUCUGCUCGUUAUCGGUAACAUAAUGACAUUGGUUGGAGGGCUAGAGAGGAAACGGAAAUCUCAAUCUGAAUUUAUGGGAGUACAUGGUCGUUGCUACGUGGGGUGUGUGGGGGUGUGGAACACCCCUUGGAAGAAAAUUUCAUUGUUAGUAAAAACGAGAAGUUUUUUGCAUUUGAGCUGGUUCGUCAGCAAAUUUUCAGAUUUGUCGCAAAUAAAUUAUGGCUUACCCACUUUGUCGGCAAUCAGGGCACCCCCGUGUGCACAAAAGCGAACGACGGCCCUGCGGGGGUAUUUAGGUACAUCUAGGGCCCCUUGUUAUCUUGAUGCUUACCAAGGCUGCAUCCUCUUUUUUGUUCUGGUCCAUGGAAACUCAGGGUUGUUUUCUCCAGAGUCCAGAAGUGUCAAUUUUUCCUCCUGACAAUUUCCUCAAGCUUUGGCAGCCUUGCUUAGAAAGCAGAGACUAGGGAGGGUUUGUGCGUCGUAACAUUAAUUUAUUUUGUUUUUCCUCAAGAUCAUUUUCUGUAUUACAGCCAAUUUUUCUGGACUUUGGUUUUUCUUCAGAAGACACUGAACCCCCUAGCUUCCUAUUUCCUAUUGUUUGAUAUCAUAUAAAAAUGGACAUCUUUAUUUUAAAUUUAGCUGUAAUUUUACUUGAGAAUUUUCCUUGUUAGGUUUCUUUUGUUUGCUUGAUCUUUUCUCCUGAAAAUAGUUGGGCAAGAAUUGGGUUGAGGUCAUUAUAGAAACAAGCAGUAGUGUUAUUAAGAGUAAGGCCUGGUUCAAACGUCGCACUUCUCAUGUGCCGAACCUAUCUCUGUUUGGAGCCGUGCAGCUCGGCAAGCUCUGUCGAUCCAAACUAGUCUGCCGCUCCUAACUAAAUCUGCCGUACCAAAUUGAUUCAAACGUCGCGCGCGACGUUUGAACCAGGACUAAAGCACCUUGGAGACUGGUGGAACCAGAUUGUCAUAGUUCAUAUGGUUGUCAUAACACCAUCAAAAGUUUGGGCAAACUCGAGGUUUUAUAAAAGCUUUGGGUGAAGCUAGUCUUAUCACAAUAUUAGAGCUCAUUUUACAGUUGCUUUCACUGCAAUUCCCCUUUCAAUGAAAUGUUUUCUACUGAAAAUAAGCCUUUUGUGGAAUAUUGGAUGUUGUAUCUCAAAAAAUAUAACUCAAAGCUUACAUUUUUUGGAAAAUCUCUGUAAUAAAACAGCUAAACAAUGCACAUUUAUUUUUGAGCCACGGAGUUCAUAUUCAGCCAGAGGGGCAAAGCUUUUUUACCAAUUAUAGAGUUAGUGACUGAGGCUGAAAUGCAUUUUUGUUUCGACCUGUGGCUCUAAAAUUGUGCAAGAAGCAUAAACAAACAGCAAUUUUCAAAUCAAGGUAAAGGGAAAAUGAUACUUACCACAAAACCUAUUCCUAUCUUUGGCUUAGUUACACCAGAAUAGGGUUGUGAGUUACAAAAGGAAAGGAAGAAAACUGAAGACAAUGCUAUUUUAUAAGAAGACCAAUCAAAGCAACAAUCUUAUGGACUGUUGCCUAAUAUUGCAAACACACUUCCAAACUGACACAACAAUUAAAUUCUAUUAUAUCUAAUCAUAUGCUGUCACCUCAGGGCAUAAAAUUAAUGCUUUACUAAUUCAAUUAUAAAUGAAAGUGCCUGGAUAACCAAAUGUUUAUUAAUGUUCAUGUCUUUGAUGAUAAUUUAGUUGCGUUCAUUCAUCCCCCUUUGUUCCCCAUGUGCUCUUUGAUGAUCUAAUUCAUGUUUUGUCUUCUCUUCAAUAGCUCUGAUAUCUUCAAUUGAUAAUCCAUGCCAUUUGUCGAGCCAGCAAAAGACUUGUCUAUGAAAAUUUAGGAGCAGUCGCCUUACAGCUUUCAGUAUAAGAGAC